GAGUAGGUUGGUAGCGAUCCGCUGCAACGUUCCGGAAUCUUCUUCACAACCCUCGACAAAGAACCCUUCUUUCUCCCUCCCAACCUUCCUUCCUCCUCGUCGCAGCCGCCUCCCAAAACCCUAGUAGACCCACCAGACGCCAUGGCCACCAUCCCCACCACCGGCACCUCCCUCCUCCCGGGCUCCUCCGCGCUCCAGAGGGACAGGAGAACGACCAGCAGCAGGCCGUCGGCGGCCAGGCUUCCCGGCACCGCCCGGCGUCGCGGGCACUCGGCGGUGCGCGCCUCCGCCAAGGACAUCGCCUUCGACCAGGCGUCCAGGUCCGCCCUCCAGGCCGGCGUCGAGAAGCUCGCCGCCGCCGUCGGCGUCACCCUCGGCCCCAGAGGAAGGAAUGUCGUCUUGGAUGAGUUUGGGAGCCCCAAGGUGGUUAAUGAUGGAGUUACGAUCGCUCGGGCUAUUGAGCUGGCUGAUCCCAUGGAGAAUGCUGGUGCCGCUCUAAUUCGUGAAGUUGCUAGCAAGACAAAUGACUCGGCGGGUGAUGGGACCACAACCGCAUCUGUCUUGGCUCGUGAGAUCAUAAAAUUGGGACUGUUGAGUGUUACCUCAGGAGCAAAUCCAGUAUCUAUUAAGAAGGGCAUAGAUAAGACUGUGCUGAGUCUAGUGGAGGAACUUGAGAAGAAGUCGAGGCCUGUGAAGGGCAGUGGAGAUAUUAAAGCUAUUGCUGCUAUAUCUGCUGGAAAUGAUGACUUUGUUGGGACCAUGAUUGCGGAGGCUAUUGAAAAGGUUGGUCCUGAUGGUGUUCUCUCGAUCGAGUCAUCCUCGUCGUUUGAGACUACUGUUGAAGUUGAAGAAGGAAUGGAAAUUGAUAGAGGAUAUAUCUCUCCUCAGUUUGUCACAAAUCCUGAGAAGUCAGUUGUUGAGUUUGAAAAUGCUCGCAUUCUUGUCACUGAUCAGAAGAUCUCCUCAAUAAAAGAAAUCCUUCCUUUAUUGGAGCAAACAACACAGUUAAGAGCACCACUUCUCAUAAUCGCAGAGGACGUAUCUGGUGAGGCUUUAGCAACUCUAGUGGUCAACAAGCUUAGAGGAAUUCUGAAUGUAGCUGCAAUUAAAGCUCCUGGUUUUGGUGAAAGGCGCAAGGCUCUUCUUCAGGAUAUUGCCAUUGUUACAGGUGCUGAGUUUCAGGCCAAAGAUCUCGGCUUACUGGUUGAGAAGACAACAGUGGAGCAGCUCGGCAUAGCCCGGAAAGUGACAAUCUCCCAGUCAUCCACAACCAUUAUAGCAGAUGUUGCCACCAAAGAUGAGAUUCAGGCAAGAAUUGCACAGCUGAAGAGAGAGCUUUCUCAGACAGACUCUGUGUAUGAUUCUGAGAAGUUGGCAGAGAGAAUUGCAAAGCUUUCUGGUGGAGUUGCUGUGAUAAAGGUUGGAGCUGCAACAGAGACAGAGCUUGAGGACCGAAAGCUCCGUAUAGAGGAUGCCAAGAAUGCAACUUUUGCAGCUAUAGAGGAAGGUAUAGUACCUGGAGGUGGUGCAGCUUAUGUUCAUCUGUCAACAUUUGUACCAGCCAUCAAGGAGAAGUUGGAUGACCCUGAGGAGCGCCUUGGUGCUGAUAUCAUUCAGAAGGCUCUAGUCGCACCUGCAGCAUUGAUAGCACAAAAUGCUGGAGUAGAAGGGGAGGUGAUUGUAGAGAAAAUCAAGGAUAGCGAAUGGGAGUUUGGCUACAACGCGAUGACCGACAAGCAUGAGAACUUGGUCGAAGCUGGUGUCAUUGACCCCGCGAAGGUGACGAGGUGUGCGCUGCAAAACGCUGCUUCGGUGGCUGGAAUGGUCCUGACUACCCAGGCCAUUGUCGUGGACAAGCCAAAGAAGAAGACUCCUGCAGCUGCCGGUGUACCCGAGGGCAUGUAAGAGUAUAAUGUUCUAUCCCAGGCUCUAGGGCGCAAGCGAUUUAGGAGUAUGUGUGGUGACCAUCAUUUUACCAAAGGGUGAGAGAUAACUGUGGGUACUUUUAUUAAGGAAUUGUGGUGUGUAAUGCCUUGUUUUAUUCCUUAUUUUGGUACCGCAUAAUACUGCCUUGAAACUAUUUAGCUGAGCUGAGAAUUUGAGAACGACAAUAAAUUUGGUAAAAAGUUGAGGAUGUCCA